AUGGGGACAGCUACAGAGACAGAGCCAAUCAUUCAUCAUGUAUUCGAAAAGGUCACGGGAACCUGGCAGUACAUUGUUGCUGAUCCUGCCACUGCCUCGGCAGCCAUCAUCGACCCGGUUCUGGACUUUGACCCGUAUCUACGGGAAAUAAAAACGGAAUCAGCGGAUGAGCUUCUUUCUAUUGUCAGGGAGAAUGGCUACAAAGUUGACCGGAUUCUGGAAACACACAUCCAUGCCGACCACAUUACUGCCGCGGCCUACUUGCAGCACGCGCUACGUAAUGAUCAAGGCUUCGCACCCAGUAUCGGCAUUGGGAAGCGUAUUGAGACAGUUCAGAAACUCUUUUCGAAACGAUACUGCAUUCCAGAUGAUGAGAUUCAAAACGUUCACCAAUGUCUUUUUGAAGAUGACGAAAUCUUCAAUCUUGGGCAUCUUCAGGUGCAAGCUAUUCACCUCCCUGGGCACACACCGGACCACAUGGGAUACAAAAUUGGAGACAACAUCUUUUGUGGUGAUUCUCUCUUUAUCACCGACCUCGGAAGUUCCCGGUGUGAUUUCCCCGGCGGCAGCGCGAAGCAGCUUUACGAAUCGGGCCGCAAACUGCUGGGGUUUCCGGACCAUGUCAAGAUUUGGUCUGGCCAUGAUUAUCCCUCUUCCGAACGGAGCGAGCCGGUGCCUUAUCAGAGUGUGGGCGAGCACAGAGAGAGCAACAAGCAUUUGAUGAAGGGAAUUACACAGGACGACUUUAUCGCCAUGAGGGAGAAUCGCGAUGCAACUCUGGCGGAGCCUAAACUUCUUCAUCCGUCGCUGCAAAUAAAUGUCAGGGGUGGAAAGCUGCCGAAAGUAUCUUGGGGUCACCGAAUGAUUCAAAUCCCCAUAACGGUAGUCAAUGGGGGAUGGUAG